CUCAAGGUUGGAUUUGUGCCAUCUUUAUUGAGCCAAUCUGGAGGGAGAGAGGUUGCCAGAAAAUAACAUCAUCAUCAUCAUCUUCAUCAUCAUCAUCAAUCCCAUCAACAAAUUCUCAAGAGGCAGAAACACCUCCAGGCUACUACGUUCCUCCUCCAACUGCCGCCGCCGACUUCCCUUCUUUCAUCACCUUUUCAAGCUCUCUCAGUAACUAAAUCCGCCACCACACCACAUCCACAGUCUGCUUUCACGCCAGAGUUAGAUGAAACACUCUGUGUUAAAGUUCUCACCCUUAACAAGCUCUUUAUCAUCUCUCUGGAUCAACCUGGUGAAAUUUUAGCGACCCAGCCCAUCUCCACGCUUUCAACCUAUCCCUCUGAAGCCAUCCUGUCAAAGAAAGCUACCCUCAACCACACGGCCAUUUUCUUCGUCACAAAAGAACAGCAUCAUCCUUCCUGACAGCUCAGCCUGCUCUUAAAAUAAGGCUUAUUCUGCUCCCAGGCUACCUCCAUACUGAGACAAGUUUCACCCCUCCUCUUUCGGUCCUAUAUCUACAGUCUACCUCAGCCUUUUUUCCAUCACUCCAUCCAUCUCGGCAAACCAGAACACGACUAACAAAGUCACUCGGUCGCUAUCAUCCUGUCUCUGGCUAGAAGAGGAUUUAUCUUUAUUUCGAUCUAAAUUAGCCCCCUUCCCCGACGUUACAAGCCUGAAUUUACAUGGUACAUCUGAUCUUGCGAGGUGGGGAGCAAGGGGUUGUUUAUAAAUCCAGAUUCAGCCUGGGUGGGCGGGGGCCUUCAGGCCAUCUCGCGAAACUCGGUGCGAAGCUGUGAGACUGGCAAGGAGUGGAAAAGACGUCUAGUACCUGGUUAUUACCAAGUCUACGGAUACAGCUACUAGCUCUUCUGGUCUUUUCGCAGCUGUCGCGUUUGAGGGGGAGCAUCCCGGAUGCUUGAGGCAGUGCAAUCUUUCUCAUAGAUAAGCCUCUUGUCCUCGAAAGUCCUUCUUGGUGUGCCAACAAGCUGGUUAUGGAUGCGCAGUAUCCUUUCGCGUCGAGAGAAGAUAUCUGGCGCGUCCACGAGGAAAUCAAGGAUCUCUACGCCACCCAGCUAGAGCACGGAGAACGGAUCGCAAAAUUAGAGCGCCGCAGGGACGAUGAUGCCCGCAUGAAAAGUCUUUGGGGCCCAUUUUCUCCUUUUCCUUCUACUGUUAGCAAUCCCCCGGUUCAAGAAUCCACAUAUAACUCACCAUCCGAGCCGUUCAAAGGAUUCGACCAAGGGCAUCAGCAUAACCCGGCGAACAAUCUGAUCCUAGAAAACGAGGAGGACACGAGGCGAGGUGCUUCAAGAGCGAAUAGUGUGCGGUUCGACGAAAGCUCCAUGCACGGGUAUUAUAACCACGCCAACCGAUCCGCUUCCGAACUUGCUCCCAUGAGAACCGCAAGUGGAUUGGGAGGUCACCCACUUACCGAGCGCUCGCUUUCCCAUCGGUCAGACGGCAAUAAGAGUUCCUCUGGACAGUCGCAUCGCACAUUCAGCCUAGGCUAUGAUAAUGCUCGAGCGGAUGGGUCCACGACAGGAACAACCAUGACCCCGCCUCCUGGACUUUUCAUAUUGGGCCCCGUUCCUUGCAUUAUCCGAUGCUGGCUCACGACCCACUUCUCGAACGACUCCUUGCUAUAUGCUGCGAUUUGUAGUGGAUCGCACUCUUCUGCAAUCAGUCAGCGUAUGAUCCAGAAACUGGCGCUCGAAGGGGACAUCGCAGAUAAAGAUGGUGCGCGGUGUAUCAAGCUGCCUGUAUAUUUCCCAGAGGCGAGUAUUUGCCAGUCGUCCUCCCGCGCUGGAAGCCCUGCUCCACACCUCCCGGCCAUUACGGUCCAGUUCAUGGUUCGUGAGGCACGCCCAGACGAUGACAAGACUAUCCAAAUCUUCAUCGGCAGCGAUGUUUUGCGCCUCCAUAAUGCGGACAUCUUGUUCUCCCGAGACAAACUGCUUAUUGUAGACGAUGAACGAAAUAGGAUUUCUGUGCCGCUCGUCCGUCCUGAAAGCCAGGAGGUGUUUAAAACUUUAUCAACCGUCCCGCAAUCGCAUCUUUCACCUGUUUGCGAAACUAAUGGUAAUGGAGGUGGCAACCACGCCCUCGGAUACGAAAAUGGUGAUACAGGGAUGACAAGCAAGCCGAGCCAGUUCAAUCUGCCGCUUCGAACAUCGACUGACCCCAUUAUUUCCCAAUCAAGGCGCUCUGCUCAUUUUGCGGAUAAUCAGGACGACCAUGGUCCCGAUGAAGUGCACACGAAAUCUACCGCGGAUGAGAAAGCUCCGGAAAAGUCUUCAAAGGCUGAAGGCACCGGCGUCUGGGGACCUUGGAGACGUGAUCAGCCGGUCAACAAAAGCGAGCCAAGUCCCUAUUUGGCUACCUAUCAGCGGAAUGUCCGAACACGGAAUAUGAAGGUGCUGAAACCAUCUAAACCACUUUCAUCAUCACGCCAAGUUUCUGGUGGCACUGCGUCGUCCGGUGGAGAACCAUCGUCCAGCGGUUCUCUGGAUGGCGGUAGCAAGGCUGCGAAUGGCGAUUUAAGGUCUGAAAACCCGUGGAAUAGAGCUCGCAGUUCGAAUCCCGUUGGUGGUGCCUCUGCGUUUGGCUGGCUCAAUUCCGGCCAGGGAAAGCCGGCUGCCGGUGGUACUGACUGAUCAAUUGGUGGCAUCGUCAUCAUCACAACAUCGCAAGAGCAACCAGAGCAGAGAAAGGUCUAAAUGACCGCCCUUGCUCUGAGCUCAGAGCCACAUUGUCCCUGCCCUGGUUGAACUUGAAUGCGCCUGAGAUGGCUGUUCAUUUGGAAGUAUUCUGCGAUUGCUCAUGAAUUUUGAUGCUUUUUGUGGCUGAAGGACGUGUUUGUUUGCUGGCGUAUGAAUGCUUCACCUCUCGCUGAAAGAUGCCAGAGAGUGCACGGUAUCAUGUGAUGGAACCAUUAUGCUGUAGCUAGUUUUCAUACUGUCAAGCCUGAUGAACAAGAACCAACAAGGCCUAAUGAA